UGUACUUCCUAUGUUUCGUGCUAUAUUGUCAUAGAAACGAUUGAAUAUAUAUUGGAUGAUGUAUUGAACAAACUAAAGGACUUAGUUAGUAUCCAUUCGAUACUUAUACCAUACUGCAUAGAAAAUGUCGACAUCCCGUCCAGUAACAUCUCGUCCUGUAACAUCUCGUAAAUGCAAAUCAGCCGUUUACAUUUGGGAUCGACGUACUUUUCAACAACAUCGGCUGAAAGUACGUGAAGCGAAAGCGACGGUGAACAUGAAAACGCCUGAACGUAGGCCACACAUUUUGUACAAAGCCAAACGAUUGCAAUUUGAACGAGAUCGACAAGAACAAAUAGCUCGUGACAAUUUCAUUUUGUACAAGAGACUCACAGACAUCAUGAGUGGAAAACUACGGCGCAAGUAUCCCAUUACUCAGCAAAAAUCUAAUUGCAUAAAACUUCGAUGA